AUGAGGUCCUAUCGCAUUGUGUACGCCGUUGGAGCAGCCCUGGUGAUUGCCCCGACGGCUCUAGGAGUCGAAGUAGUAGCAGCAAGCGAAGAACUCUCAGCGCGGGACGCUGAUAUCUUAGAAGACCUCUUAGCUCGCGACAUCGACAUUUUCGAGGAAGCACUCGCCGCCAGAGGCGCAGAUCUGUUCGACGAGAUCAGCGCCCGCGAGCCGGAGCCAUUAUUUUUCCUUGCAGCGCUUCCUGCCCUUGCGGCUAAAGCAGCAGUAGCUGCCAAAGCUGCUGUAGCGACAAAGGCUAUCGUCGCAAAAGCUGUGAUCGCCAAGACUGGCGCUGCCGCCGCGAAGAUUGGAGCCAAGGUCGGGGCCAAAGUGGGGUUGAAGGUCGGAGCGAAGGUGGGGUCGAAGGGACUCCUAAAGGUUGGCGCUAAGAAGGCUACUGUGGUUGCAAAGAAGGCUGGUGUAAAGGCCAUGAAGAGCGCACCCAAGAAAGUCGGAAAACACAUUACAAUGAACCGUGGCAACCGCAACCAGCGUAAGAAGAAGAGGGAAUUCUCGGAUGGGUGGGAACUUGACACUCGAGAACUCGAUGUAUUCGAAGGUGUGCUCGAUGCACGAGAACUUGACGCAUUUGCGGAGAGGAUCUCUGAUGUUGUUGCAAGGCAGGUUAUGGACUCCGUGAACUGGGCAGAGGUAGUAGAGCGAGGUCUCUCAGGCGAUGCACUCUCAGAUUUGCUUGAAAGGUCACUCGGUGACCUCGACGAGCUCGAUUAG